AGACUCUCCCAGUUCUCUCUCUCUCUCUCUUCCAAACCACGACCUAAAAGAAACCUGAGACAGAGGUGGAUUUUGGUGGGGGCGAGGUGGUGCCGUACCCGUCUCCAACCUAACCUGACCAUGCACGCAUCUCACCUCUCGUCCUCCUCUUCGUCAUGAUUCCUUCAUGGAUGACGAGCGCCCUAACUAGGAUCAGGUUUUAGGAGAUAUAUAUAAAAGCGCAUUUCGCAGGAGAUCAGGUAAUAUUAAUUUCUCCCCAUCAUCUCCCUCCUAUUCUUGCGAUUUAUCCAUGAGGAUUACGUCCCCGCAUCCGGCUUUCAUCCGUGGAUCAGGACGAUGACGUCCACGGCGGCGGCCGGCUCCGACUCCCGGCGGCUCUUGCCCGGCCGUCAAAACUUCCAUCAGAUGGACAGGAUCAAUGGAAAUGGCCAGAAGUCUGCCAUUCAAAACAGGCAUCCACAUUCUCCGAUGGAGCAGACGAAUUCGACGACGACACGCUUAUUGCCUCGGAAGCGCUGUCCCGCAGAACUGGCGGCUUUGAGAGAAAUGCAGGCCCUGGGAAUUUGGGGAUGUUUGGUAGCCUGAAGUUUGUGCUGCUCAAGUCAAAGCUCAACCUGUUGAUACCGUCUGGCUUUGUGGCGAUCGUUGUCAAGGACAUGACAGGAAACAAUGGCUGGGUGUUUCCCCUGACUCUGUUGGGCAUUAUUCCUUUGGCGGAGCGACUGGGUUUCGCCACCGAGCAGUUAGCAUUCUUCACAGGCCCAACAGUUGGGGGCCUUCUGAAUGCUACAUUUGGCAAUGCAACCGAGUUGAUUAUAUCGAUCCAUGCGCUAAGGAGCGGAAAGUUACGAGUUGUCCAGCAGUCUCUGCUAGGGUCCAUCCUGUCAAACUUGCUUCUGGUUCUCGGUUGCGCAUUUUUCAGUGGAGGGGUCACUUGUGGCAAAACUGAGCAGAAAUUCAGCAAGUCAGAGGCAGUAGUGAGCUCUGGGCUGCUUUUGAUGGCCGUAUUGGGGCUGCUGCCUCCUACUGUGCUGCAUUACACUCAUUCAGAAGUCCACUCUGGAAAGUCAGGACUAGCCUUGUCAAGGUUCAGCAGCUGCGUCAUGCUUGUUGCUUACGCUUGCUACAUCUACUUUGAACUGACAACCAGUCGCCGUCGCGAGGAAUCUAAUCAAGGAAGAGGUGAGAAUGUAGGGGAUGCUGACAACAAUGAAGCUCCUGACAUUUCAAAAUGGGAAGCCAUUGCCUGGCUUGCAAUUUUGACAAUUUGGAUCUCAGUACUCUCUGACUACUUAGUUAAUGCAAUCGACGGGGCUUCACAGGCUUGGAAUAUACCGGUUGCGUUCAUCAGUGUUAUUUUACUUCCAAUUGUGGGGAAUGCUGCAGAACAUGCUAGUGCGGUCAUGUUCGCAAUGAAAGAUAAAUUAGAUCUUUCCCUGGGAGUUGCAAUAGGGUCAUCAACACAAAUGUCCAUGUUUGGGAUACCAUUUUGUGUAGUGAUAGGGUGGAUGAUGGGCCAGCCCAUGGACUUGAACUUUCAUCUCUUCGAGACCGCAAGCCUCUUAAUGACGGUACUGGUUGUCGCAUUUUUGUUGCAGGAUGGGACUUCAAAUUGCUUAAAAGGGUUGAUGCUGUUUCUAUGCUAUCUGAUAGUCGCUGCUAGUUUCUAUGUACAUUCCGAUCAGGAUCCUGAUGGUAAUAACCCUGCGCAAAACUAGCAGUACCUGGAUGAUCCCAUGGAUUCUACAGAAGAUGUCUACGAUGUGACAACAUUUGCAAUCAGGACAGGGACUAUUUGUGUAUUUUUGACUAAUUUCGCAGUGUUUCCUCACAUUUAGAGGUCUUUCAAGCGCAUCCAUUCUUGAAAGUCUUUUCAGAAAGCCGCACAUCCAUUUUUGUAGAUAGGCAAUACAGGUAAAAAAGUAUGAAGUUGUGUAGGCAGAUUCUCUUGUUAUGGUACCAGCAAAGAAUGAAAGUUGAAACAAUAUUUUAGUUUUGGUAUUUUUUA